UGCAGCCCCCGGUGCAGCCCAAUUGGACAGUCUACACGUUAUACCGGUAUUUUUAACAGGACGUCCCAGAAGCUAGCUAUCUGCAACUUGAAGUCGUAGUCUGAGUGAGGGAAGAGCUGACUAGACUGAACCUCCGCAUUGCACAAUCUUGUUGAUCAGGUCUGGCAUGGGAGUGAAGUCUGAGCCUAUUGGUCUGUCAUAUACCACGUCCAGCUGCUUGAUCUGCUCCUGAACGGAUCGGUUGACUUCUCAAUCAGUGCGUCCAAGGCCGGCGCGCCGCUUGACUAAGCUAGAUACAUUUAGGCCCACUGGUCCUUAUUUUUGGUUUAGAGCAUCUCUUCACUUGUUAUGGCCUGCGCUUGUGUCACACCGCAAGCUUCCUGCUAUUACACGUCACAAAACAGCAUUGCCACACGCACGGGGAUGGAAGGUUGUCUCUCGUAUUUGUAAGGCUGCAAGGCAAGAGAAAGCAUUGCAAGCUAGCCUGCAAAUGUGUUGAAGCUUACAGGUCAAUGGGUCUCUCGCAAGGUUACGUCUUGCCCCUCGGGGUGACCCUCAGUAUUCUUUUCUUGGGCUUGCAGCGAUUCCGGGACGCGGCAGAGCCCUCCACCCUGCUUUUGAGCCCACCUUCCAGGUGGAGUCUGGAAGCGCAAAAUGUAUUUCAAGGGCUACACUUUGAACCAGCCCAGAAACCUGAUCAAAAAUACACAAGCAAACGGAUCUAUUCAGCAGCAGAAGCUGCGGGAGAUAUCCUGCAUUCAGACUUCCCAGACAUUGCUGGCAAGGGGUGUCCCUUCCACGGCGAAGCUCAUGGUCUCUUUCAACCAGACACGCCCCGGCCGCGCUUCAUAGUAACCGGUGGUGCAGGUUUUAUCGGCAGCAAUCUGGUCAAGAAGCUUAGCGGAGUAGUCCCGAGCGAGCAGAUCAAAGUUAUCGAUAACCUAUGGCGGGGUCAGCUACGAAACCUCCAAAUUGAAAAUGGUUCCUGGGCUAUCAACGUCUCUCGAGACUUCUGUCAUGCAGACCUCAGGAUAGGGGAGAGCUCGGAAAGAUACCUGCGUGGAGCCGACUAUGUCUACCACCUUGCUAUUAUGACGGGAGUCGCUGACGACCAAGAUGGCACGGAUCCGUACUUUGAUGAUAACGUCCUGAUUAAUACACUGUCUUUGAACUCCUGCAAGCGGAACGGCAUACCCAAUUAUAUCUAUGUGGCAGCAGCAAUACCAACGGGCUGGUAUAUGUCCAGAAUAUUGCCGCCUCCUGUCAUAACUGGAGCGAACACCCAUAAUUGGAUGAAAGCUAUGGGAGAAAACGAAGCCACUUCGGAAAAGACGGCGGAUUUUAAAGUUGGCGUGUUAAGAAUAGACUGUGCAUAUGGCCCUCACGAUUAUGUCUUGCUUGGGGCCACGCCGGCUGCUGAUUUGGCCAUACGAGAUCUGAUCCAACAAGGAAUCAAUAAUCCAGCGUACAUAUCUGUCUCUUUGCGUGGGGCAAAUAGGCGUCGCACAUUUGCUUACGUCGAUGACGUCGUUGAGAGCCUGCUGGAGCUGAAGGAUGCUGGCUUGAACAGAGCUCCGAUUCGAGUAAAGACACAAAGCACUUCGACGCUGUAUGAUAUUGCGGCCCAACUCCAGGUGAUUGUAUCCCAACACGCGGGCGAAGGUGCGAACCCUCAUAUCAAAGAUGCCGGGCGCCAGCAUCGGGAGGCCCCGUCGCCAGUUCCGGCUAGGAAUAUUGACGCACCUGAAUCUUCUCGAAGGAGCACCUUACGGAACUCGCUUAGUAAAGACCUUGAGCGGACGUAUUUAUGGAUGCGGAAAGAGAUGCAGCGCCCGCGCAUCCUCGUGGUUCUCUUUGGUCAGGCCCGCGGCGGGGAGCUGGCAUGGCGGUCCCUCGUGAAGAAUCUGCUGCAACCGUACAACGCACACCUGGCGCUAUGUUUCAGCGGGGAUCGUAAGGAUACACUUCUUCACCGCGUCGCCCAAUACGACUGGACGGUGCCCGAGUACGCGGACUGGGGGCUGGUCUGGGACGAGGUUGCCACGACGUGCACUGAUAAUCCGGCUGGCAACAGCACGUGGCGAAAAGUGUGCGGGGUUCAAGGGUUUUUCAUGGGGGGCCUGGGGGGUUGCAGACACGGAACCGCCACUGGGAUCAUCCUCGCGUACCGCUGGUUCACGCAGCAAAAGCUGGCGUACUUCAACCUGCUGGAUAAGUACGACUACGUCGUUUACUCGCGGCCUGACGAGCUAUACCUGUGCGAGCAUCAGAACAUCUUUGACUCGAUAGAAGAUGGGCAGGUUUAUAUGCCCAUCGAAGAAGACUAUGGCGGAUUUCAAGAUCGGCACUUGGUGGGGACAAUGAGGACCAUGAUGUCGGCGCUGAAUCAGACAGCGGAGCUGGCUUGCGCGCCGGACUACUGGUAUAGCCGCCUUCUCGCUCUCGACACGCAUUUCAAUCCAGAGAAACUGCAGAAGGAGAUGUGGCGAGAGAAGCCGAUCGAAAGGCUUAGCUACAAUCGGUCUAUGUAUCUAGUGAAAACGAAGCAGGAUCCGUCGAGAUUUACACCCGCUCAACAGAAGAUUGAGUACGAGAUUACCCGCAGAUACAACCUCAGCGUGAAGUACCCCAAUGAAAGAUCUCGUGUACUGCAGUAUUGCCAAGUGAACGAGCUCUUUGUGUUGAAAGAAUUGAGAGACAAAUUCGAUUAAUUCUUCCCUUACGGCUUUGACGACACUCUUGCGUGGUUUCCAAUCCGUGGUUCUUGUACAGACGUGCAGAAAGGCUCUUCUAAUGGUCGGUGGUUGUCCCAAAGCUGUGACUUAUUCCUCACGAAGUUGUUCAAGUUCGCGAUCUCAUAUAAUUCCAGGCAAGGUUGUUUGUAAGAGUCGCCUGACAGUUGAAUUCUCAAGUUCGUCGGGCCUUUCAUCUUAUUCGGGAGGAAGGCAGUAAUGAACAGUGAUCUGAGCGCUUGUUGCGGAUUGAAUCAAGUCACCAGCUUCAAGUUGGCGCGGCGCUUAAGCAGGACGGCCGAACUCAAGCGCAAAUUGAUGAAUUAACGUGCGCUCGAUCGAGAAUCUUCGCUAGUGCAUCAAUGUGCAGAUUCCCAAAUUCGGC